AUGACUGCUGAAGCUGCUGCUGAACAAGUCAAGAACUUGUCUAUCAAGGACGAGAACAACAAGAAGAACAAGAAUAACAAGAAAUCUAAGCAACAAUCGCUAUACGUCGAUCCAGAACCUAAAUUCAUUGCUGAAAGAGAUGCUCUGUUUUUGAAGUUGCAAAAUGAAUAUAAUGACAAGGUCUCUUCAAUGCCUCGUGUACCAUUGAAGGUUAUCUUGAAAGACGGUGCUCAAGUCGAUGCUACCUCUUGGGAAACCUCUCCAAUGGACAUCGCUAGAAACAUCUCCAAAUCUUUGCCUGAUAGAUUGUGUAUUGCCAAAGUUAAUGGGGAUCUAUGGGAUUUAGAAAGACCUUUGGAAGGUAAUGAAAAUGAUGAAAUUAAAUUGGAAUUGUUGGAUUUCGAAAGUGACGAAGGUAAAAGAGUAUUCUGGCAUUCUUCUGCUCACGUCUUGGGUGAAGCCUGUGAAUGUAACUUGGGUGCUCACAUCAACUACGGUCCACCAACUGAAGAUGGUUUCUUCUACGAAUUCGCCGCAAGAGACUCUUUGAAAGAUCCAAAGGAAUGUGAAGAAAGAACUGUUUCUCAAGCUGAUUUCCCAAACUUGGAAGGUGUCGCUAAAAAUGUCAUUAAGGAAAAGCAAAAAUUCGAAAGAUUAGUUAUGUCAAAGGAAGAUUUGUUAGAAAUGUUCAAGUACUCCAAAUAUAAAACUUAUUUGGUUGAAACCAAAAUCCCUGAUGGUACCUCUACCACCGUUUACAAGUGUGGUAAAUUGAUCGAUUUAUGUGUCGGUCCUCAUAUUCCACACACUGGUCGUAUCAAGGCUUUCAAAUUGUUGAAGAACUCUGCUUGUUACUUCUUAGGUGAUGCUACCAACGAAUCUCUACAAAGAGUCUAUGGUAUCUCCUUCCCAGACAAAAAGUUAAUGGAUGCUCAUUUGAAAUUCUUGGAAGAAGCCGCUAAGAGAGAUCACAGAAGAUUAGGUAAAGAACAAGAAUUAUUCUUAUUCAAUGAAAUGUCCCCAGGUUCCUGUUUCUGGUUACCUCAUGGUACAAGAAUCUAUAGUACUUUAGUCGAUAUGAUGAGAACUGAAUACCGUAAGAGAGGUUACGAAGAAGUUAUUACUCCAAACAUGUACAACUCCAAAUUAUGGGAAACCUCUGGUCACUGGGCCAACUAUAAGGAAAACAUGUUCACCUUCGAAGUCGAAAAGGAAACCUAUGGUUUGAAACCAAUGAACUGUCCAGGUCACUGUUUGAUGUUUAAGUCUAGAGAACGUUCUUACAGAGAAUUGCCAUGGAGAGUUGCUGAUUUUGGUGUUAUUCACAGAAACGAAUACUCUGGUGCUUUAUCUGGUUUGACCAGAGUUAGAAGAUUCCAACAAGAUGAUGCUCAUAUCUUCUGUACUCAAGACCAAAUUGAAGGCGAAAUUGAAAACAUUUUCAACUUCUUACAAUUUGUCUAUGGUGUAUUUGGUUUCGAAUUCAAGAUGGAAUUGUCUACUAGACCAGAAAAGUAUGUCGGGGAAUUAGAAACCUGGAACAACGCUGAAGCUAAAUUACAAUCUGCUUUAGAAAAAUGGGGUGGUGACUGGGAAUUAAACCCUGGUGAUGGUGCUUUCUACGGUCCAAAGAUCGAUAUCAUGAUCUCUGAUGCUUUGAAGAGAUGGCAUCAAUGUGCUACUAUCCAAUUAGAUUUCCAAUUGCCAAAUAGAUUUGAAUUGGAAUUCAAAGCUAAGGAUAACCAAGAAAAUGAAAACUAUGAAAGACCUGUUAUGAUCCACAGAGCUAUCUUGGGUUCUGUUGAAAGAAUGACUGCUAUUUUGACUGAACAUUUCGCUGGUAAAUGGCCAUUCUGGUUAUCUCCACGUCAAGUAUUAGUUGUACCAGUUGGUGUUAAGUACCAAGAAUAUGCACAAGAGGUACGUGAUAAGUUGCAUGCUGCUGGUUUCUAUGCUGACGUCGAUCUAUCCGGUAACACUUUACAAAAGAAGGUCAGAACUGGUCAAUUAUUGAAGUACAACUUCAUUUUCAUCGUUGGUGAAGAUGAAUUGACCAACAAAACCGUUAACAUCAGAAACAGAGAUAUUGUUGAACAACAAGGUAAGAAUGCUGCCAUUGCCUUGGAUCUUGUCGUCGAACAAUUAUCCAGUUUGAAGCAAGAAAAGAGAAACGACAAUGCUUUAGUAUAA